AUGGAACAAAACGGAGCUGGGUUUUCGUAUGAAUCUCCGACAGAAGAGUGCAGCAUUUUCAAGAAUGUAGUCACCCAACAACGGACAGGUGGAAUGUCCUUAAAGAUUUACAGUAAAGAGGAGAAGGACAGAUAUAAUAUGACCAGUCUUGUCUAUGAGGGGAGGAUGACUUGUACUGUGAAAGGAGUCACGUGUCAAAGAUGGGAUAGCAACAAACCGCAUAUUCCUAGUUACUUCAUAGGUCGGAGCGACCUUCAGAACUGGUGCCAGAUAAAGCUUUCGAAGAGACCUUGGUGCUACACGAUGGAUCCUAAGACUAGAUGGGACUAUUGUCCUGUAGAUGAGAUCUCCUCCUGUAAUCGGCCUCCACCAUUGUCCCUUCCUGGAAUCAGUGUUAACGUCGAGCACCCUUAUAAUUUUAUAGCUAUAGCAGCUCGGUAUAGGUGUGCUAAAUCGUUAGACUCAGAGCCAGUCAUAAGCUGUCCUGUAACACGAUGUCUUCCUGAUGGUACCUGGUCGUCCGCAAACGUGUCUUGUGCAAAGAAAGAGUGUUAUGACCCUAUCAACAAAACCUACAACGGUAGCGUGACUUGCACAGAAACAGGGGUCAUGUGUCAGCGAUGGGAUAGCAAUUUCCCACACGUUCCUCACAAGAACAAAGGACGAAGUGAUUUCGGAAAUAGGUGUGUGAUUCAAGGCUACACAAGACCAUGGUGCCAAACAGUGGAUCCCUUAGUUCCGUGGGAUUGGUGUCCAGUAGACCCAUGCACCUGA